AAGAAGCGGAAGCUUCUCUACUUUUCCGGAUGGCAUUUCGUUAUGCGAUUGAGGAAGUUGUAACGUUUUGUUGUUCAAUGUAAUUUCGUGGAUUUACGAAUUCUCGGAACGAAAUGACAUAAAUAGUACCGCCGUGAUCUUUCACAGCAUAUUUCGACUAGUCCGACAAGAAUGUCACUCGGUCGCCACUGGUAAGAAAGAGAGACAGAGAGAGUGAGAGGGAAAGAAAGAGAUGUUAUGUUUAUAUUUCGGUGAAGUAGGAGGACACAUUCGUGAAUUCUAAAUUCUCGCGGGAGAAUGGAAUGCAACGAACGGAGACGUCAAUACAUGUUUUAAUGCAAUGCCGCGGCAGGCUUACACCGCGUGCCCUGACAUUCCGCUCGUCGACGAUGUCAAAGCCAUAGGCGCUGCCAUGGACACGGAUGUGGAUCUCAGCAAGGGUGAAGGGUGCGAGACUAUCCCGGGUUGCUCUGGCUACUCUAGCAUGGUGCAUAGUAAGAAGGUCAUUAAGCAUGCUUUACGACAGCAAGCCAAACGGCGUAGGAAGAACACAACGAUAGCGGCGGGUAAUUCCCGUACGUUGCCCAGGAUCGUUGUCAAACCGCUACCGCCACCACCUCCAAACGAUCCACCAUCUCCAGUUAAUAAUAUGCAACACGUUAACACCGCAGCAGAAGAACCUGCUGCCACAAUGAGAGAAGUUUUGGCUAGUUUACCUGGAUUUAGCUUAAAGUCAAGUCGCAGACGAUCUACAAAGAGACUGUCUGCAACCGCGCAAUUAGAAGCUGGUCUUGUGGAUUUGGAAUCUCCAGCGAGUAUAUUAGCAAGUACGAGCUUACGCGCGCUAUUAAAUAGGCAUACAUUUCAAGGCUUGCCUCCACUGUAUCAACGGAAGCUUGCACAACUCCUGCCUGCUGUGGAUAGACAGGAUGCUGCUAUCUCUGGAUUGAACAAUGAAUUUUUUGCGAGAGCUUGCCUGGAAUGGCGGAAACGUUUAGCAGAAGGGGAAUUUACUCCAGAAAAUCAGCAACGCCUGAAAAUGGAAGCGGAACGAGAUAAAAAUAAGUUAGAUCCAUGGAAAGUGAAACAUUUUGAACCAAUAUGGGGAGAAAAGCGAGAGCCUAAACUUAAAUCGAAUCUCCAUUAUAUUAACGAUUCACGUUCUAGUGGUGCAGUAACACGGUCAAGUUUAAGACUUCGUUUGGAAUCUAGCGUGGAUAUUCCUACCGUGGAUAUUCCUACCGUGGAUAUUCCUGCCGUGGAUAUUCCUACCGUAGAUAUUCCUAGCGUGGAUAUUCCUAGUGUGGAUAUUCCUAACGUAGAUAUUCCUUCAUCGGAGCAUGCUGUCUGUUCCAUUGUAAUGACAGAUGAUAAAGUCGAUACUAGCUGCAAGACCGAAAUAAGCAUAAAGAGUACUGAUGAUCUAGUUAGUUCCGAAGAAGUACAACAAAAUUUAAUAUCUUUGGAUUAUAAUACAUUAUCAGAUAAUGUGACUGAUGAGAAACAUUUAGAUAACUCCAUGCAAGUAAAUUCCAUGGAAGUAACAGAAGAUAUUCAAAUGCAUGAAGGUAAAAUAGAAGAAGCUGACAAGAUUACAGAUAUUUGCGAGAAACAAGAAUUGGUUGAGGCUAGUGAUAUUGCGAGACAAUUAUGUCAAGGAGCCAUCUCAAACGUGUACGAAGAAGAAACAAAUUUUUCCACUAGCGAGAAAAAUUUGCCACCUGUAGAAAAUAACGUAAUCGAAGCAUCAGAAGAAGAUACUGUGCUAUUACCCGAUGAUAAUUCAUCACCCAGAUCGAGUGAACAGAUAGAACGUGCAUCGCACACGUCCGGGGAAUCAAUUUCGCAGCUUUCCAGUGAAUAUAUAUCACAAGCAUCCAUAGAUCAAAUUUCUCAGAUGUCAAAAGAACAAAUUUCACAAAUAUCUAGCGAUCAGAUUUAUCAAAUAUCGGAUUGUGAAACCACGAGUAUCCUUGAAAGUUCAUCACCACAGGAUCAAAUUAGGCCCACGGAUAUCGUUAUAGAGGAUGCCAGUUUAAUUAACAGUGAUCAAACUGAAGUAACGCAGACUUCCCAUGAAAAUACAGCGGACAGCGAAUCACAAAUUCCAGAAGGAAUGGAAAUCGAUAGCGAGACUUUACAGCGUAUUCAUGAACUUGAGGUACGAGGAGAAAUGCGAGAAAUGUAUGAAGAAAUUUCGGGAUGUCCAGAAGAGAUAAUAUAUCCUAUUCUUGAGGGAAUGGAAAUGGCUUCAACUAAUUCAGAAGUAACCGAGCCUCAAGUAGUAACUGGACAAACUGAAGAUACCACGGGAACGGAUGUAAAUGUUGGUAAUGAGGACGAAGCUUUACGAGAAGCAAAUAAUUACGUCUGUUCUGAAAUGUUAGAAUGUAGUUGGACAGUGGAUCCAACCGUUAAUAACAUUAAUAAUAACAGGACACAAGAGGAGCUGCAGGUACCUUGGCCUUUAGUGGCGGCUGCUCUCGAUGGAUCUGUAGCGGCUAAUAUCACGGUAACGACGCAAGAUGAAUGCAGCGAAACUUCCACAACGACCGAUUCUACAACUUCUUCGCAACAGUUUAUUAAUGCGGAUGCCAAUGUGGAAUCUGUUAAUUGUAUUCAAUUACCGGUUGUUCAAGGAACCACAUUUCAAUCAGACUUAGCUAUCAACACACCGGGCAGCAGUUGCGUUAUGAAGAAUUUGCAAUCACAAAGUCCACCGAUCAUUACAUUCCCGCAAUUGCAAUCUAUUAGAUAUGUGCAAACGAGUUUUAAUCCGGAACAAGAGUCAUCUUCACUGACGAGUAAUUCUACGAUCUCGGCCCAACUACAGCCUCAGCAGAGUAACACUACACAAGUUAACAUGAUACAAACGCAAGAUACUAUUACUCAAAUAAAUACUCAAAAUAACAAUGCACGUAAUAACGUGAAUCAGAACACCAUUGCAACGCAAAGUCAAGUACAAAAUACUCUCCCGACUACGGUGGGAGUACAAUCUCAGAAUCGUGCACAAAAUUCAAUUGUUAUUCAACAUCAGACUGCUACUUCUGUUCAACCUCGACAAAUUGCGGCUGUGCAUCAACAACAGCAGCAGCAACAACAACAAGCACAACAACAAACACAACAGCAACAGACACAACAGCAGCAGACACAACAGCAGCAGACGCAACAGCAGCAGACACAACAGCAAUAUCCUGGACCAUCACUAACUGUCACCGACCGAUCAUCACGACCUUCGCGUGCGUCUAAUCAAAGCAACCACAGAGGUUCUAGGAAUAGUAAUAAAGAACAAGGAGGUAGAUCGAGAAGCUCCACCAAAGAGCCUCCGGGUGCUGUCAAUUUGGAGCGCAGCUAUCAGAUAUGUCAAGCGGUCAUACAAAGUUCACCGAAUAGAGAUCAACUGAAGGCCCAUUUAAAACCACCGCCAAGUUUACUUGCUAGAGGAGAUGGUGCAUUCACAACCAGCAAAUCUGGUGGUCGCACCCUGACGACGGUCAAACCCCAAAAAACGCAGCAAGCGAUACAACACAAUAAACAAGCUCAAAAUAAGACGCAAGCAGUUAUGCUGAGACAUGUAUUUGCAUCAGCGCGUCAAGCUGCAUCAACAGAGGUUACAGAAAGCACUCCCAUAGCGCAGCUUGGUUCUACCACCAGCAAUGGUCUCGGGCAAUAUAUACUUGUACAAAGGACGGGAGUUGGAGACAGUGCACCGAGAGCAUCAUCCGCGCCUCCAUUACCGCCACAGAUCGCAGGAAUGGGCGUUGGGGUUCAUUUAGUUCGAGGAAGACCGGCCAGCGCCGGGGAGGGUUCUCAUCAGGCUGUCACCCUGAAAGCAAGAGGCGCGGAUAGCAGAGUGACAGGCGGAGCGGAACCUGGUGCACCCGGCAUGAUAAUUGGCGGCGAUCCGCCACCUCCGUGUGAAUGUAAUAUGCGAGGAGCCAUGGUAAUUUGUCGGCAGUGUGGUGCCUUCUGCCACGAUGACUGCAUCGGGCCUCAACGUAUCUGUGCUACCUGCCUCAUACGUUAAUUCAUCUUCAACUGUUUGUGUAUAAAAUUAAAUCCGUUAUAAGAUAAGAGUGCUGAGCAUCCAAAUUAGUAAACGGGAAAUAUCAAACAUGUUAUCGUAUGAAUUUAUAUAUGUACAUACACAAAGACACACGUAUAUAAUAUGAUAUAUAAAGGAUAAACAAAAUAAUAUAAACACCUGAGAAAUACACUGUUUAUUAAUAAGAAAUUAGCCCAUUAUUUGCUUUUAAUACAUGUUUUGGAAUAGAGUCACACAAUGCCUGAAUUGUUGCCAAUGUAAUCCUUUAGCAGAAGAUCUUUCAAUUGCUUGCUCAUAUAAAUUAUAUUAGAGGAGGAAA